AUGCCAGCCAAAUCGCCAGCGCAGAUUUUUCUGGAGAAGGCCGACAAGAAGGCCAACGCGUCGUCAGGAUGGUUCUCCUCGUCCACAACCAAAUGGGAGGAGGCCGGCGAUCUCUAUCAGCAGGCUGCUAAUUCAUUCAAGCUCGACAAACUAUUCAAGGAGGCGGGCGACGCGUUCGCAAGAGAGGCAGAAUGCAGGGAGAGAUGCAAGGAGACGAAUGAUGCUGCCAAUGCCUGGUGGAAUGCCGCGAAGGCUUAUAAGAGAGGGUUCCCUGAUUUGGCCAUCCAGGCAUUAACACAGACCAUAACGCACUUUACCCAAGGCGGGCGUUUCCGCCAGGCAGCAGAUCGCGAGAAGGAGAUUGCGCAGAUAUACUUGCAGGAGCAGCAUGACCUCCAGCGAGCCUGCGAAAGCUUCGAGCGCGCUGGAGAUUGGUAUGCCCAGGAGGAUGCUAUAGCGACCGCCAACGCGUGCUUCAAGGACGCUGCAGAUCUGCACGCCGACCUAGAGCAAUAUCCUGCUGCUAUUGCUCGCUACGAGCAAGUCGCCGACCAUUCGCUCGGCUCGGCUCUGACCAAGUACAGCGUCAAGGAGUACUGGCUGAGGGCUCUCUUAUGCUCCCUCGCCAUGCAGGAUCCCGUCACAGCGAGGCGUAGCUUGACUCGUUACAGCUCCCUCGAUACCACCUUCUCCACAACACGCGAAGCCAAGUUUGCAAGCGCGCUGAUGGAAGCCUUUGAGUCGGGGGAUCAGGAAGCGUUUACUGGAGCAGUUGUCGAGUUUGAUCAGGUCACGAAGCUGGAUAACUGGAAGACGGGGAUCCUUUUGAAGAUCAAGAGAGGCAUCCAGGACGAGCCCGGUCUCACCUAA